AUGUCCUGCUCCUUCUACGCGACCUACCAGAUCCGCCUAAGGCCACCAGAGGGCGGGCCAGCUCUGUGCCAAGGCGCGGGGACACAGCACCCUGCAGAGCCCUGCCUGGUGCCGCUCGGCAAACAAACCCAGCGACAGAUUGUGCCGCGGCUCAUUCCGGGGAAGGCCGCCAAAUCCCACCCUGCUACCCCCAACACUCCCUCCCCGCCGCCCCCUGCGGGUCCCCCUCCCGGGCGCGGGCGCUCCGCGGGGACGCUUGCGGGUCCUGCGCCGCCCGGCCCGGGCGUACGCGCCGCGCUCACAGCCCCAGCCCGACCUGCGGCCCCGAAACGGCGACCCCGAGGCCCCCCACCCAUCCCGUGCCGGGGCGCUCCCGAGUUCCGGGUGCCCUUCUCCCUGGAGCAGCUGAAGGCCGGGGUGAACCCCACCGCCGCCUUUACGAGAAGACGCUUCGGUGUCGGCCCCGCAGGGAUCUCCCCGAACGAGGCCAUGAGGGGCGCUCAGGGUUCCCCAGCCGCGCUCACCCGCACGCGGGCGGACACUCGGCGACUCAUCGGUUCGCCCACUCAGGUGCGCGGGCCAGCCCCCGCCACCGGCCCGGCUCGGGGUCUGGGAACUGAAGCGAAGGUGGAAUCUCGGAGUUCCCCCGGAGGGAGGAGCGUCCGAGGCCUGCGCUUAGGGGCCCGGGGCUGCGCGAGGAGGGGGGAGGUGACCCAGGAGCCCUUCGGGGGAGUUGGGCGGGGCGCGGCGAGGGCGAUCGAACACUGCCCUCCGGGCCCCCCAGGCAAGGAAGGGGGCCGGACUGCCGGGGGCCGGCGAGCCGCUCCGCCUCCUGGCGGCCAGGCAAGGGUUAAGCCGGCAAGCCGGGAGACGAGGGAGGAGCCAGAGAGCGCCGGGAGGAGGCGGUGGGAAGAGCAGCCUCGCCGUCCGCACUCUCGCUCGGCGAGCGGCCGGGGCGAACGGACUGACCGACGGACGGACGGACGGGCCCGCGCGCUGCCUGCACUCCCGGGGGCGCGGGACCCGGGCGUCGACGGCCAGCCCCAGCCUUCCGCGCCCCGCCGCGCCCCGUCGGGGCCGAUGGCUGCUCCCGAGGCUCGCAGCCCGGGGGGCGCGGGGUAG